GCCGUAAAACUGCAACAGAAGAAAUUUGCGACGUCUGCUGUCGUAAACAACGUAAAGAUGUCUGAUAACACAGCUUAGCCUGAACCAUAACGGCUUACCUUUGUUUUUGGUUUACUUUCGUUUCGUUCGGCGACUUGGACAUUGUAUUAGAUGGGGACCAAUAGCUUACCAUGAAACUCCGGGUGCAGAAUGACAGGAGUGAUUCCAGAAGAGCACUGAAACUGAGGGAGUCUCCUACUGUAAUGCAGCCUAAUUCAAGUGAGCAGGGUGCUCAUGCAGGAAAUGGUUUAUCCCUUACUCUGCAACCAGAGCUGACCAGGACACCAGCCCCGGCUGCUGCUGCUGCUAACCCUGAGAGCAACGAGGUGCGGGUAACCAUGACCAGCAAUCCUGGGGAGUGCAGUGGAGGCGCAUCAUCCAGGAGGUCCAGAGUCAAUUCCCACAGCCACUCUCAUUCUCAGCCACAUGCACAUAAUCGGGUGCCGCACCACUCGAACACGGAGCCUGAGCUUGACCCGCCUGACUCUGAUCUGGACUCUGGAGAACCCAGCACCUCCAUGUCUGAGCUUCGCUGUCUCUUCCGCUGGCUCCAGAAGAGUCUUCCUUUCAUUGUCCUACUGUGUGCUAAACUGGUCAUCCAACAUGCUCUGGGUCUUGCAGUUGGGGUUGGCCUCUUCACGACAUUUCUAUAUGUGAAUAAAAACCUUCAAAGUCAAGUGUUUCUUCAGGAUCGUCAGUCAAAGCUGCAGUGUGUUUGGCUGCUGCUGUUCCUCAUCUCUUCCACCCUGCUGCUUUACUACACCUUUCUCACAGAGACACUUCACCAUUGCCUCAUCUUCCUCAGCCCAAACAUUGAGCCGCUGGGUUUCUGGGAGGUUCUGUGGGUGGUUGGCAUUACCAACUUCAUAAUAAAGUUCAUCUUUAUGGGGAUUAAGUGCCUUAUUCUGCUGCUGCCAUCUUCAAUGGUGACCUACAGAACCCAGGGACGUUGGGUGAUGCUGACGGAAGAGCUGGGCCAGGUACACCAGGCCACGGCUCCUGUUCCACUGUGGUUCCGCUACCUGGUCACAUACGAGGAGGUUGACGGCACCCCCGGACUCACACUGGGGGUCCUGCUGGCUCUGCUCUACCUCAUACUGAAGCUUUUAGGAUUGUACGGACAGUGGACGUCUUUCACGAAAACUGUGAGGAUAUUUGUAAAAGGCGAGCAUACAGGCACAGCAGCCACUAGGAGUCAGUGCAGCGAGGCUGGAGACAUCUGUCCCAUCUGUCAGGGAGAGUACAGGGAGCCUCGGGUCCUACUCUGUCAGCACAUAUUCUGUGAUGAAUGCAUCGCUCUGUGGUUUAACCGCGAGAAGAGCUGCCCUCUAUGUCGCACCGUGAUCACAGAGAAGGUUUACAAAUGGAGGGAUGGAGCCACAUCUUCACACUUGCAGAUUUAUUGACUGUUAGGGUAUAGGUGGCGGGCUUUUGGGUGCGGUGGAUUGGUAUUAGUUUGUAUUUAAUAUGUUAUUUUCUGUGGCUGUCAAACCCCACUGACUGUAAUGUUGUACACACUGUUUUAUUAAUGAGUUAAGGGCUGCGGUCAGUAAUUACACACAACUUGCACCUACAGUAGAUGUGUUUCUGGCUUAUUUACCAGUACAUCCCUACUUGUCACUCUCACAGACAACGGAAAGUUGAUUAUUUUCACGUCCCAAAGUGAUUUUUGUAUUUUAAGUUGUUUCCUUUUGUGUCGCUUUCAUUCACCUUUUAAUUAUCUUCAUAUAAACUUUCCUCAUGGAGCAGCAAAUUAUUCUACUUCCACAGUUUUUUUGUACAAAAAAAAUGGGAACAUCAGAGAAAUAUAUAUGAAAGUAUUUUAAACCGAUUUUUCCUCUUAUCAAACGUGUGAACAGACAUGCGACACAUGAACCCUCUUGUAUCCAGUGUUUUCUAAAUUUUGUGGAAGCGACUUCUGAUUUGUAUGAACAAACGUGUAGAGGUGAGCGGCUGCAGCUGCAUACCUCAGCUCAGGAGUGCUACUUUAACUUAACUUUAAUCUUUGAGCUUGAAUGAGACUGCAUAGGCUUUUAGGAAGCCUAUGCACUAAAACAAAUACGUUUCUGUGAUGGAUAAACAGUUUGCCUUUAGCUUUUCAGCUUUUGGUGACUUUUUUUCAUGUAGGAUAAAAAGCAUGCAACAGAGCUUGUGAGAUAUUUACACAAAUUAUUUUUCUAUAGGAGGUGACAUUACCUCGUUUUUAUAAAAACCAAAGACUGGGAGAAACAUCUAUUUUAAUAUGUACAAAAAUCAUUUCACUGUGUUAUUUGUAUCCAUUUAGAUGCAUAAACUAUCUGAAUAAAGAUCUACAAUUUUAA